GAAUACUUUGGGAUUUCCAGGGAUGUGGGCGGGCCAGAUAUGGAGUCGAUGUCCCCAGGGCCGUCUCCAAUCAGGAAGGGGACAGAGCAUAGAAGAAAAGUACCCUGCUUUGUGUGCCCUGGAGAGGCGGGAGGCAGCUGGACGAAGGGGAGAAGGGCCAGACAUGGAGGCCGUUCCUCCUGUCAGAUGCAGCCUCUUGGGGAUUCUGCUGCUGGUGGUGAAGCUCUCGGUGCUGCUGGUCCAGAACCGCAUCCACCUCUACAAUUUCCUGCUCCUGAAGAUUGUCUUCUUCAACUGCUGGCUGUCGGGGCUGGCCCAGGAGGCCUGGGGGUCCUGCAGCCCUGAGGCCCACCCACCCCCUGGGCUUGCAGCCAGCCCCGUGGGCCGGGUGCUACGGGCCGGGCUGGCACGGAUGGCAGUCCCCGUGUGGCUGGCGUGGGCCGGCGUGCUGGGCUGUGUGCGGGCCUCGGGCCUGGCCUGGAAGCAGCUAGGCCUGUCCGCGGCCACCUGCAGGGAGCUGCUUCUGUCGUGUCUACACAGCCUGACGUCGGUAGUGUUGCUGCUGUUGCUGCUGACCAGGAGGCUGUGCCAGAGGGCCCAUGGCCGCAGCGUGGUCUGGUUGCUCAGCAAGGCUCUGCUGGACAAGUGUGUGGUGCCCGAGCUCCUGGCUCUGCUGAAGCGUCUGUACUGGUGGGUGGAGAACACAGCCGUGCUCACCUCCUGGCACCUGGCCUAUCUCGUCGCCUGGACCACUUGCCUUGCCUCCCGCCUGCUGCAGGCUGCCUUUGAGCACACGGCCCAGCUGGCCCAGGCUCAGGAAAUUGAGCCCCAGGAGGGCUCAGGGCCCGUGUCCGAGUCCCCCACUCCCUGAGCGCCCGGGCCCCGAGGCUGGGCCAGCCCUGUCAGAGCAUGGGACCCCUGGAGAAUUAAAGUGUGUCCCCAUUUG